AUGGCCAAGCGGCCGGCGCGGAGCCCAGCAAGUGCGGCGGGGAGGGGUCUGGGUGGGGAAGAGGGGUCCCGGGGGACGCGGGGAGAUGCCGCCCCUCCGCUCGCCGGCUGGGAGGGACGGUCACCGCCGCCACCACCGCCACCGCCGCCUCCCGGGCUCCCGCACCCCGCCGCAGCCGGCUCCCGGGCCUCGCCGCUCACCCCCGGGCUCUUCCCUCCGCCCAGGCACGCCGAUGGGAUCUUCAACAAAGCCUACAGGAAACUCCUGGGCCAAUUAUCCGCCAGGAAAUAUCUGCACUCCCUGAUGGCCAAGCGGGUCGGCGGUGCCGGCGGCGGCCUGGGGGACGAGGCGGAACCGCUGACCAAGCGGCACAUAGACGGCAUCUUCACGGACAGCUACAGCCGCUACCGGAAACAAAUGGCUGUCAAGAAAUACUUAGCAGCCGUCCUGGGGAAAAGGUAUAAACAAAGAGUUAAAAACAAAGGACGCCGAGUAGCGUAUUUGUAGCGAUGAGUUAACCAGCCACUCCUGUGUAUACAAAGUCCUGAGAGAGAGAGAGAGAGAGAGAGAGAAAGAGAGAGAGAGAGAGAGAGAGAAAAAACCCAACAACAACAACAACAAAAAAUCUAAACAAAAAAAAACAAAAGUCAUUUCCAAACUGACUGAACAAUCACCGCUCCUGUGUUACCUAAACAUGUAUUUAUGUAUGAAGUAAAGCCAUUAAAUGAAUAUUUUGAUAAUAAUAUUGUUUUUCUUUUGUACAAAAGCACUAGAGAAACGCACAGAUCUACUUUGUGGACCAAUCAUUAAGUUAUAUAUAAUAUAUAAAUAUAUAUAUAUAAAUACUACUACGAAUACUAAAGAACAAUUCUUCAUAUAAAACCUGCACAAGAACGAGAAUUCGCCUGAGCUGUUUAUGUUUUUAUAUAAAAUAAAUAGAAAAAAAAAGACAAUCAUUGUUUUGAAUAUUACUCCUAUUUUUGUAACGGAAAUUAAAAGGAUAGUAUUUUUAUCCGCGACAGGGUCGAAGACAUUAAUUUUCACCAUUUGCUACUGUACAUAGAGAAGGAUGCCCUGCUCCCAGGGGAUUAUGAGGAAAAUGAUUUGGGAAAAUUGGUGAAGCAGAUUCUUCCCCCGGUGAGUCUCAAGGCAGGCUCCUUUGCCACUAGCCUCUCCGAAGGGGCAGCGUCCCCUUUUCCUCUAGAUUUCGAUAUUUUUUUUUUUCCCUCCUGCUUUCUUUGAUUCCGGUUGUAUCUGUAUUAGCCUCUCCUCAAACAAUGAGCUUAGAGGAUAAUUCUCUUGCGAAAAACAGCUCGAUCCAAAUUGUCCAUCUCUGUUUGCCUAUCGGAGGGAGAAAUAGUUAAAAACAAAACAACAACCAAAUUUCAGAACAAAACAAAGAAACAAACAAAAAAAUAUGCUAAAUUCAAACCCCCAACCCCUAAAUCCCGAACCAGCAGCAAGGAUAGUGAGUACUAAGCCCCCUGCACUGCUCUUCUGGCUGGCUGGGCAGAGUUGCAGAACAAAGCGAUAAGCGGAGACAGGACCCGUUUGGGAAGAGCGGGGAAGUGAGCGGGGGCGGGCCCCCGGCGCGCCCCGGUGCCGGUACCGGUACCGGUGCCGCAGGGUCGAGGGAAGACGAGGCGAUCCCACCUCCGAUCCGCUACCCAACUGCCCCGGGCAGCUCGGUACUGGACCUGGAUGCAAAGUACAGUGUGUUACUCUCCAGUGCUGUCCAUGCUUCUCAUCAUGUGUAACGAGCAGGGUUCUCGCCUUUGCAUUUUUCGGUCGGAGUUGCUCUUUUCUUAGAUUGUUUUGUUGGAUUCUUUUUUUUUUCUUCUUCUUCUUUUUAUUUAUUUAUUAUUUUCUUAUAGACCCUCCCGCCUCUCAUCCUCUCUUCGCACUUUUCCGAGCUCUGUUUAACCCACCUGAGUCACCUUUUUGGGUUAUGUUCUUUUGGGGAAAAAAAAAAAAAAAAAAAGAUUGUGAACGCUCUCUCACUCCUUUGUUCUGUUUUAUGCAAGCUCUUAUUGUACAAGUUUAGGAACCCCUGUUGUAGCUACCACUAAAGAAUUAUGCACUACUACGAAAGUUUUUGUUCCUUGUUUAUUGAGUUUGGAGGUAAAAUGUAUUUUUCUACAUUCUGGCUUAUUGCUUAGUAAAAUUUAUUUCAUAAAACAAACUUUUGUCAUAAAAGAAUGUGUAGUGUUCACCUGUGGUCCGGUUUCUAACGAGAUAAACCAUUUUCACCUCA